UCUAUUCACUGAUUCAACUAGAUUAAAAAAUAGAGUUGGUUCCAAUGUUAUGUGUUCACGUCACUUGUCACCAUAAGCUGUCAGUUGUCAGGCGCUGACAUUGUGAAUGCGAGGUUAUGUCGUAUUAUUUUGUUAAUUUUCCAACAUGUGUUGGGCAAAAUAGAAAGUCAGUGUGAUUCUCACCGGUUUUACCCUAUUCUACACAUUUCUCGUGUAAAAUAUUUAUAAUGGACGACCAAGACAUACCCGAAGACGAGUUGGAAGACAUAGAAGUCAUCUACUCGGAUGGCGAAGAUGCCGAUUAUGAUGAGCAACAAGCAGAAAAUAUGAUAGAAGAUAGCAAUGAGGUUGAAAUCGAGGCAGAGGUUAUAGAUUUAUCGAUAUUGACCUUCAGCAAACAUACAAAAUCCGUGUUUUGCUCAGAUGUAAACAAAAGUGGUCAAAUCGCUGUAACAGGUGGUGAGGACGAUAUUGCGUACGUAUGGGACACAAACAGUGGAGAUGUAUUAUUUGAGUGUACUGGCCACAAAGACUCCGUCACAGAAGCCAGUUUCAACUAUGACGGACAGUUUGUGGCUACGGGAGAUAUGGCUGGAAUGAUACAGGUUUGGAGUGUCGAAGAGAAAAAGCUGGUAUGGUGUUUUGAAGGUGACGAUAUGGAAUGGCUAUUCUGGCACCCAAAAGCCAAUGUCUUGCUAUGCGGCUGCCAUUCUGGGGAUGUGUAUGUUUGGCAGAUGCCACAAGGCCAUUGCAAAGUGCUCCCAUCUCCUGACAAUGCAGCAGCUACAUGUGCAAAACUGUUGCCUAAUGGAAAACAGUUACUGGCUGGAUAUGAAGACGGGAACCUGCAGUUGUGGAACAUUAAAGAAGUGACCAGCGAAUGGAGUAAUUCACAGUUCCACACUGUCACCAAUGUAGAUGUUAAUGAGGAAGGGUUGUUGGCUGUGGUGGCUCCAUCGUCGAACAUCGUGAAGUUGGCUGAUGGCAAAGUGACUACAACUCUCCUGCCAAACGAGGAAACGGAAAUCGAAGCGGCGACUUUCAAUAGAGAGACUGGAGUCGUCGCCACCGGAUCUCUCUCGGGACAGCUGUGCGUUUGGGAGGUGGGCAAACAAGCAUUGCGUCACCAGGCGCGCAUCGAGUGCUCCGUAACGGUGCUGAAAUGGGGCCCGGCCACGAAGAUUUUUAUCGGCGCCACAGACGGCGCUGUUUACGUGUGCGACGUCAAGACGGGCAGUUUGUUGGAAACGCUCACCGGACACAAAGCGGACGUGCUCAGCAUUUCGUUGCUCGAUCCAGACGGAAAGAGGAUCCUCACCACAUCCGAUGAUGCCACUGUCAAGAUAUUCAACGUCAACUAACCAAAUAGCGAUUACGAUUCCGCAAGGAGAUGAAAAAACGUUACUAAAGGGGUGACGAGCAAAGUUGAGCCCCCGUUUUGUUAGAAGCGGUCGAUGGUUCAAACGAAAUUGGUUCAAAUAUGAAUUGUUUAGUUAUGCUAUCUUGUCCAUGCAGAAUUUUUGGCUGAAGCUGUAAAUCAAUAAUCUUUAUGUGUGUGGGUGGCGCAUCGAAAACGAAACAGACGCAGUUACUGGCAGCUCAGUUUAUUUUUUUCACACACAUAAAGAAAUCCAAAGGUGAUAAAUCUGGUGAUCUUGGGGGCCAUUGAAUGGCACCUCUUCUACCAAUCCAUCGAUCUGGAAACGUCUGAUCUAAAUAUUGUCGGACACGUCAUGCGUAAUGUGGUGGGGCACCAUCCUGUUGGAACAUCAACCCAUUCGCAAUGUACCGCCGAUCAUUCUGAUUUUCAAUUAUGGCUGUUAAUACAGGAUCUAUGGCAUCUUCCAGUAAUUCCAAAUACAUUUCACCGGUCAAAUUUCCAGGUAAGAAAAAAGGACCAACUAAAUGAUUGCCAAAAAUACCAGCCCAAACAUUUAAUUUUUGUGGCUGCUGUGUAUGAACCGUAUGAUAAAUAACUUUUGGGAUUAGAAUCGGACCAAUAUCGGCAGUUAUGACGAUUUACUAUGCCAUUUAAGAAAAAAGAACACUCGUCCGAAAAGCAAGUGUUGAAUAGAAAAUGGUCAUCGUCUAUAAUUCGUUCACUCAUAUCUUCACAAAAUUGUAAUCGCCGAUCAAAAUCGUCUUCAUUAAGUUCUUGUACCAGGUGAAGCCCCCACUCAAUUUGCUUCGUCCGUUAUGGGAUUUUCAAUGUUGCAGUGUUGCGUUUUUUAUUGGCGACUGACCCAGUUUUCCGAAAUUUAGCUACAAGUUUUAGAACAUAUUUUCGAUGCACGUUACUGUUCUGAUGUCGCUCAUUAAAUAUUUCUGCUGUUCUAUUAGCACACUGAUUGUUUCCGAAAAAUAUUUCGAUAAUUUCAACUCUUUUCUGCCAUGGUUAAUUUAUUUACUAAAGCGUUACAAGUUAUUUUAGGAACAAAGUUUAGUUAAAUGAAUCGCAAACUGUGUACUAAAUUCCUAUUUAAAAUAAGUACGAGAUAUUUCCUUAUCUUUCUUCAAGAAAUAAGUUUUUUGCACAAAAAACGCUCCAAUAGCUAUUUCCAACAACAAAAUGAUAAACAAACCAUGGGCGUAGUGAAGAAAAGCAUUUACUUAUUAAGUAAAUUCUUUUAGUCAAAUUUCUUCUGAAAGUAGUAUAAAUCUGCAAAACUAUUGAACUGAAGUACAUUAAUUUUAUAUCAUUAUAAAGGGAAUUGCAAGACCUUUAAAAUAAGGUAUCACUCGACCCACUUUCCAUUUAAGAUUUUAGGGUUGGUGUCACCCCCGCCCAGGUGGCUGCACGUGUUAACGUGAUUUUUUGCCAAACUUGCGUCCCCCUCGAAAACAAAAUCGACGGGUCUGAGCGUUUUUCCAAAAAAAAAACUGGGCUGCGAGUAAAUGCGUCUGUUUCGUUUUCGAUGUGCCACCCUGUACUAUCUUUGAUAAAUGUUUUUACAGAUCUGUAUCGUUCAUAUGACAACGGCUGCUUCUGGAUAAUAAAAAACACUUAUUCAUAUCAUCGAUUGUAAUGUUGUAAGAAACAUGCAGGGCAUUCUACAAAGUUGUGUUUAACUACUGCAUAAAAGCAGAUAUUUUUCGUUAAGGGUAUAAUGUUGAAGUAUUUUAUUCAUUUGAAAUUAUUUAAUUGGUGAUACUAGUUUUACCGUCAAAAUACAAUUAUUUUAACUAAGUAAAAGCAUCUAUGUCAAGCUUAGCUAUACAAUGCCCUGUAUAUUCAAAUCGUGUUAGUAAGUUUAUGAAAGCUAUGUGAAAAGUUUUCGUAACUAUUAAACUUUUAUUAUGAUCAAGAACUGACUAUAUAAGACUAUAUUCAAACGUGUUUUAAACAGUACCAGAUGAAUAGAUGACACUUCCAUCUCAGUAUAACUUUAAUGUACUAUCGAGUUUAAAUUUACUAUUGUUGUACUUUUAAUAAGAAAAAAUAUAUAUUUUUUAUGUUAUGUGACGUCCUUUAUAUUAUCGUUAUCGUACGAUUCACAAGGUGAUACAUAGAAUUUCUCAGUUAUAAAAAGACAUUUAAAGAUCUGUGAAUCUUUAUUGUCUUCUUCAUAAAUACGAAACAAACAAC